GCGCGUGCGAAGGUAGUUUAACGGCUCAAUGCCUGCUCGACGACGCGAAGGGCAGCCGGCAUUUCGAAAAAAUAAGGCAUAGAACCAUUCGCGCAAAAUUGGCAGCAUUUGAGACAGGGCCAGCAUGGCUGCCGCCAAGGAGGGCAGCAGCUCCGACCGAAUAGGUCAAAUCGAGGAGCGCCUCUUGGCUCACAAAUGGCUCACAUCAAUGUGUUGCUCUGUCAUCGCCAUUUUGGUUUUGCUCCCGGUGUACGCGGAGCGCGUGGCCGAGCCCGCAGACGCGAACGCCGGGACGGGCUGCUGGGUCGUGUGGGCAUACAGCGUGAACGCUGCCCGGCCCGGAGGCGGCGUCUACAGAGAAUGGUCGGAGUGGUGCGAAGAGAGGUGGGAUGCGUGCUGGCAAAGCGACGCUUCAUUUCCCCCCUGCUGCCAGACAAGAUCCGAGAAGACGAGCCUCCUCAUCCCCUACGACGAGUCGUACGCCGACAAGGGUUGGUGGGGGGACGGUUACGGACCGCAUAACGCGACACUUCAUCAUGUGGGGUUCUGCGAGGAGGACGACGCGUGCGCGAAUUGCGAAGGGGACACGUUCGCCGUCGAAGCUGCGACCUGUGCGGCUGGGCGCUGCGAAUCGCGCGCCACGAAUGGUAGUUGCGCAUGCGAUUCGCGCGCCUACGAGGACACGCAAGGGGGUGGCCGGUGGGCCUGCGACGACGUUCGCGGCUGCCGGUGGCGCCGCGACUUCGUGGUGGGUCUCGCGGGCCCGCCGCAAGAUCUGGUGAGUUGGUGGGCGCAGGACGAAGACUUUGCGAUCCUCUACGCGCUGUAUCUACUCGCGGUCGCCGCCUCGGCGUUUGGCGUCGCGGCGUCGCUCUUAAUCCGACGGGAUUUCCGCCGGAGCGAAGAGGCGGCUUCGACGACGCCGUUCCGCGCCUAUCUAAAGGCUCUCGUGGCAUAUUUCGUGAUCCAGCUAUUCGCGAAUCUCGCCGCCUUCCUGGGAUUCACGACGUGGCGCUGCGAGCACCACAACGUGCAGACGACGCGCGCCUACGACUGCGAUUGCGAAAAUCCGAACCCGACGGUGGCGGCCAUCGUCGGCGGCGCGUGGGAGUGGAUGAGCGGCUUCCGCGGCUGGUGCGCGGGUGACCAGGGAUCGUUCUCGAGACACUGGGGACUCAUUUACCGCGACGAGGAGACGCCCGAGGGCGCCGCCCACAGCUACGCCACGUACAUCCUCGGCAUAUCUAUGGGCAUCCUGACUAACAUCGUGCUCGAGCUCGUGCUGGUCUGCCGCGUCCACCUCUUGGGCGGCGUGCCGGGCGGGCCGUCGCCGCGGACCUUGAAGGUCCUGCGAUAUGCUGUGUGGUGCCAGCUCGUGCCCUUGGCGGUAUUCAUGCCAGUCAUGUACUGGGCCCAGUACGACCUCGCCAAGAGAUUCCUGAGAAGCGACCAUCAAGGAAACGCGUACGGUGAUGCGAUUUAUGCAUCGGCGUCGGUCAUUGCAGUGGUCGGAUGCGUGCACGUAGCAGUCUCUCUAUACCUUUGCUACGCGUUCCUGCGGCCCCUUCGGCACGCCGACCGGCUCGGUGCCGCCGACAAGGCGAUGCGCGCGCAGAUGCUGCGCGUGCUCGUCGCAACGGUCGUCGCCGUUGUCUCGACGCUGGUGUGCUACAUCAACCCCCUCGUCGAGUUCGCGCACCCUUGGAUUUUCUUCGCGCUCGACUCGAUCAUCAACGACCUGUGCCUAGCUAUCCUCGUGCUCACAGAUCAGGAAGGUGACGCGGCCGCUGCGCGCGACGCGUCGGGCCUGCGCGUCGGCGUCGCGCCCGACGACUCGCCGGGGCUGGAGCUGUCCGACGGCGCGAUGUUGUCCUGA